AUGAAAGAAGAAGUUAUCUUCCGAAACGUCUAUGCUGAUCAGUUAAGACGGAAAAACUAUUACUUCCAGCAUGACGGUGCAGGACCACAUUAUGCUAUUAUCGUUCGAGAAUGGCUUGAUGAACACUUUCCAGAUCGAUGGAUAAGUAGACGUGGUCCAUAUGAUUGGCCAGCUCGUUCACCAGAUUUAUCUCCAUGUGAUUUUUUCCUCUGGGAAUAUUUGAAAGACACGGUGUUUGAAGAGCCACUUACUUCCAUUCAAGAACUUAAAUAG